AUGCUCCUCGAUCAAUCGUGGGUUUGGAAAGAGCGCGACCCCUCCAUUCCCUCCGUGAUCGAUGAGGUCAAUAGCGAUACGAAGGGAUGGACUCCCGCUACAUCCUUCCCAUCCGAGAUUCACGCAGAACUUAUCAAGGCGAAACGCAUCCCAGAUCCGUUCGUGGGGUUCAACGAGCAUGAGGUGCAAUGGGUGGGCGAACGCGAAUGGCUAUAUCGCACGUCAUUCGAGUUGGAGGUAGAAAGCCGAGAACGCAGCCACUUUGAGCUUUUGUUUGAGGGUCUGGAUACAGUCUGUGACGUCUAUCUGAACGGGGCGCAUAUAUUAGCAGCAGACAACAUGUUCCGCGCGUACUCGGUUUCCGUGCCCAGGUCUUCUUUGAAGGACGCGGGAAAUAGCCUUUUGCUUCAUUUCAAGUCCGCAAAGCUCGUCGCGAAGGAGCUCGAGGCGCGUUACGGGCGCGUGCGCGCUGGCUCCACCAACCUCGGAGACCCGAGCCGGGGUCCUGAGAUAAUGACUUGUGGGCCGUAUCGCCCCAUUAAGCUGCUCGCAUAUACUUUGCGCAUCGCAUCAGUCUAUACACACGCACUUGUGUCCCCCGCUCCAGAGCUCGCUGCUACUCUCAGGGUAGACGCGACACUGGCGGGAGACGUAUGGUUGGCGCGAUAUGUUCGAGUUACCGUGCUCGACGGGAUCCGGGUCCUCGAUACCUUUUUUGAGGCGUACGACAAUUCACUAGAGGAAUGUAGCUUAGCGCUGGAAGGUAUCGUCAACUCGGACUUUUCAAAGAGGGUCCAGUUGUGGUGGCCGGUAGGAUAUGGGGAGCAGUAUCUAUACGACAUAGUUGUGGAGCUCUUAUCAGAUGACUUUCAAGUGCUGGACAGGCAAAGCAAGAAGGUGGGCUUCCGCCGCGUCGAGCUCGUCCAAGAGCCUCUGGAUGAGCCCGACCGCCAUGGGAAGGGGACGACGUUCCCAUUCGAAGUGAACGGCGUCCGAAUGUUCAUGGGAGGCUCGAACUGGAUACCUGCCCAUAGCAUCCUCACCGAGCUGCGCGCCGAAGAUUAUCGUGCGUGGCUCACGCUGCUCCGCGAUGGCAAUCAGAACAUGGUUCGCCUUUGGGGUGGUGGGGUCUAUGAACCGGAUUGCUUCUAUGACAUCUGCGACGAGCUUGGUAUCCUAGUUUGGCAAGACUUUCAAUUCGCUUGCGGCGUCUACCCCGCGCACCCAGAAUUCAUCGAGAAUGUGCGGAAGGAGGCCGAGGACAACAUUAUCCGCUUGCGGCACCAUCCAUCGCUCGCGCUGUUCUGCGGGAAUAACGAAGAUUACCAACAAGUCCUCCAGUGGGGUGAUGUCGCCGACCUCCCCGCACGCGUUCUCUACGAAGACAUCCUACCUGGGAUCGUCGCCGCGCUGUGCGACCCCCCGAUCCCGUAUCACCGCGGCUCGCCAUAUGGCGGCGAAGGCUGGGACACGUCCGACCCGACUGUCGGCGACAUUCACCAGUGGGAUAUCUGGGCGGGCAAGGAGCGCCCGUGGCAGGAGUACGCGUUCCGGAAUGGGCGGUUUAUUAGCGAGUUUGGCAUACCGUCGUUCCCGGAUAUCAAGACGGUCGACUACUGGCUGGACGGGAACGUCAAGGAGCGCUGGGCGCAGUCCAGGCUCAUGGCUCAGCAUAACCGCGCGGGCAAUCACGAGCGGCGAUUCGCGAUCGUCAUGAACGAGAACUUCAGGCUGACGGGCGAUCUUGAGACACACGUAUACAACACUCAAAUCCUGCAGUCCGAGGCAGUAAGUUUGGCGUAUAGAAUGUGGCGGCGCGAAUGGAGGGGAAGGGGCAAAGAAUUCACUGCCGGCGCACUGAUCUGGCAGCUCAAUGACUGUUGGCCGGUCGUAUCGUGGUCCAUCGUCGACUUCUUCAGACGCGCGAAGCCGGCGUAUUACACCAUCGCGCGCGAGCUGAAGCCGAUCACAGUCGGCAUUAUCAGGAAUGUCACACAGAACCGCGAGAACGACCGCCCGAAGCAGUUUUAUGAAUUCGGCGCGUUCCGCUCGGUGGGCGCGACUAUCGAAGUCUGGGGAACGAACAGCACGCUCGAGGCGCGCGCGGUGCUCCUCGAGCUCCGCUGCUUCGAUCUGUAUUCCUCCUGGAUGCACACCGAGACCCGCUCCGCCACGCUGCUGCCGAAUCAGUCCACCGAGCUUCUCGCCGCGCCAUGUCCCCACCCACCAAUUCCAGAACUUUCAUCCACACGCGCGACGGGGGCGGUCACGCCGUCGCACUCCGUCGUCGUCGGCGCGCGCCUCAUCGCCCCAGAAUCCGGGGAAGUCCUUGCGCGCUACGCCGAUUGGCCGCAGCCGUUCCGGCACGUCGAUUUUCCUGAUCCCGUGCUCCGCGUUGUAGUCGACUCGGAAGGCGGGACGGUGUCUGUGGGCGUCGAGAAGCCCGUGAAAGGCUUGUUCUUCACGGUGGACCAAGGGGAGAGCCUCCUCGACUCUGGGGAAACGGUGAGAUGGAGCGAUAACGCGCUGGAUGUCCUGCCUGGAGACCCACAGACUGUGGAGGUGCGUGGGUUGGAGGGACGCGAUACGAAACUCAGAGUGGCGUACAUGGGAUGUGAGCGCGGUAUACCGAUCUAA